CUCUCUCUCUCUGCCAUUUCUGUAGGCAUCAAGCAUGUCGCCUGAGUGCUCCAUCGUGCUGGAGAUCGAAUACGAGCGGGAGAAAUGUCUGGAGGACACCAGCCUGGAGAAUCAGACUACAGGUUGCAGAAGUAUGUGGGACAACGUAACCUGCUGGCCCUCCUCAGCAGUGGGAGAAGUUGUGGUGAUGCCGUGUCCGACAUUUUUUAGCUACUUCACCACUUCUUUAGGUAAUGUGACCAGGAACUGUACAAGCCAAGGCUGGGCUGACAUGUAUCCUGCCCCCUAUGCAGUAGCUUGUGGAUAUGAUGCCAACAGCACUCCAAUCGAAGAGACAAAUUUCUAUGGCACGGUGAAGACAGGUUACACCAUCGGACACAGUCUCUCUCUCGUCGCUCUGACUGCUGCCAUGAUCAUUUUGUGCCUCUUCAGAAAACUGCACUGCACACGAAAUUACAUCCACAUGCAUCUCUUCAUGUCUUUCAUCAUGAGAGCCAUCGCUGUCUUCGUCAAAGACGUCAUUCUCUUUGAGAACAGCGAAUCGGACCACUGCUCUGUGAGCUCAGUUGGCUGCAAGGCCGUCAUGGUUUUCUUUCAGUACUGCAUCAUGGCCAACUUCUUCUGGCUGCUGGUGGAAGGCUUGUACCUGCGCACCCUCCUAGUCAUCUCUUUCUUUUCCGAGAGGAAGUACUUCUGGUGGUAUAUCCUGAUUGGCUGGGGUGCACCAUCGGUAUUCAUCACAGCGUGGACUCUCGUCCGGGUUUACUAUGAAGAUACCGGGUGUUGGGAGGACAUACGCAAGUCCCCGUCUUGGUGGAUCAUCAAAAUUCCUGUUGUGGGUUCUAUUUCGGUGAACUUCAUCCUCUUCAUUUGCAUUAUCCAAAUCCUCGUCCAGAAGCUGCACUCUCCAGAUGUCGGGCACAACGAAACCAGUCAGUACUCGAGGCUGGCCAAAUCCACCCUGCUGUUGAUCCCGCUCUUUGGCGUCCACUACAUCAUGUUCGCCUUCUUCCCUGACAACUUCAAAAUGGAAAUAAAGUUGGUCUUUGAGCUUGUGCUCGGCUCCUUCCAGGGCUUUGGGGUGUCCGUUCUGUACUGUUUCCUCAAUGGGGAGGUGCAAGCUGAGCUGAAGCGGAAGUGGCGCAGGUGGCACAUGGAGAGGUUCCUGGGCUCUGACAUGAAGUAUCACCACCCGUCCGUAGGAAGCAACGGCACCAACUUCAGCACGCAGAUCUCCAUGCUCACCAAGAGCUCGCCUAAGACUCAGAGGGGCUCUAGCUUCCAAGCAGACUUCUCUCUGGUCUGAGGGGGAGAAAUGCUCACGCACCGAACCCAGGAGAGAGAGAGAGAGAGAGAGAGAGAGAGAAACGACCCAGGACUUUGUUGGAAGCUGAAGAGUUGUUUUUAAACAAGACGCUCCCCAUGGGUCAAACAAAGGACACGCAACUGGAAACGCUGCUGAGCUCCUGAACAAGAAGAGACAAGUCAGGACACGGAGAAUUUUUUUCUUCUUUCCAGACCUUCAACUACAGGCUUAUCCCUGGGUGACGGGGGAACAUAUGCAAACUGGCUAGUAAACGUGUGCAUGACUCCGUCUUGCCUGAGAGGGCCUAGGAAAUUCUGAAAGGCUCGUGAAUGGGGGGAGCGUGGGGGAUAAUUAUUGGCUUCCCCAGAGCCAACCUCUCGGAAAUGAAUAGACACCAAGCACUUCAAAAUGAGCCAAUGAGGGAAAAAAUUGCUUUCAAUGUGCCAAGAGUCCGACCUGUAAAGGACAGCAGUGAGACAAGAAGGGGCUACAAACCAGAGGGGGAAAAUGUAGCAGGGCGCAGCUCUGUGCACUUCCAUAUGCAUUUCACGUUGCUACGAAUCAGCUGAAAGGCCAGAAAGUCAUCUCAUCAGCUCCGGAAUCGGAGUGGAAUCUGCAGCUCCCCGACAAUCUGUAUAGCCCUUGUUAAUAAAAAGCUUUCAGAGUUACCUCCUCCAUCGACAAUGCCUCCGAAAUGUAGCUUGCUGAGGAGCUAAAAUGUAAAUGCCCUUUUCUGCACUAUUCUCAUUACGGUGUCUUUUUAAAAAAUGGGACAUGAUAAACUUGCAUGUCUAGGGCAUGAAAACAAAGGAUCAGUGCCAACUCGGUUACAUGGCUGUGUUUCCCACAAAAGAACCCCCCCUGUGAUUA